GACACAAAACAAUCCGAUUCCCAAGAAAACCAAAACCCCUCGAUUUCCGACAAAAUGCCAAGACAUGAAUUCACGGAAGCUGUCUGCUUUACUCUACUCUCUUUUCCUUGCACUCUCUCAGCCCUUUCUCUUGCCCCACAAUUCCAUUUUCGAUGAUUUUGAUUCAAAUUGCAAUGGAAACCACUUCUCCAUCCUCAACCAUCCUCUCUCUUCUCAAGAAAUUGCCGCUUUUCUUUCCCUCAUCUCCGUUUCCCGGAAGAGGAAGAGAACCCAUUUGCCAGAACAUGAUUCUGAACCAAUGGGUGAAGAGAUGGACUCUGGACUCGGACCUCGACUCAGUGACAACCCGGUUUGUUCAUAGACUCUUGGGUUUGUUUGAGCCGUAACUGAAAUGCCGACUCGGAGAUACGUCAGGGUAUUGGUCUGAAUUCAGCAGGUUCGAUAUUGUCAAAAGAAAAUGAUGAAGAAAGCAUUGCUGCCCAAAUUGUGGUUUAUUCAUUGUCCAGAAUUUUGAGCAUUGUUGCCGCUUUUCGUGGUGAUAAAAGCAAUUCAAGGAUCUUAAAGUGUUCAACUUUAUAUAAAGACAUUGAGCUAGGGGUGUUAUUGAAUCCGAGUCCAGUUAGUGUGAAUGGAGAGGCUAUAGGUGAAGGGAGCACUUGGGGUUGGUAAUGAAGGGUAUCCUUUGGUUCCACGGUUAAUGGUACAUUUUGUUGAUGUCGUACCAGAGUCAAAAGAGGAAAAGAUCAAUAGGGUGCAGAGUCUAAUGAGUGUUCCAGCAUUGAGAAACAAUUGUAGUUUGAAGAGUUGGGGUAUUUUGAGUAUGCCAAUACAAGAAGAAUUGAGACUGCUGCUGCUAUUAUCCAAGUUCAUUUGAUUCUUCAAAAUGGUUACAAUGAUUCUGCAUUGUGUGAAGGGGUGGAAGAAUAUUCAGUGCUGGCUGGUUACAAUAGUAGAAGGAAUUCAAGUCUCAAGUUAGGAGAAGAGGAGGGUAUUUCAGCAGUUUGUUAUAAUUACAGAGCGCAACCUCUAAACAGCAAUAUUGGUUGUCCAUCAUGAUUCAACAGUUGAGAAUAGCUUACACUUCACAGGAUCUGUGAGCUGAUGGAUUCUCUCUGCAAGUGAACACUGGAAAAGAGCAUGGUGAAAAAACUUAUUUUGCUUUUGAACUGCAAAGGGCAAUUAUAUACAUGUAUGGUAAAAUUCUUCAUUAAAAUGUAGUGAAUAGUUAGAUUGAAUACUAGUAUAAUCUUGAAUAAGAAAGUGCAUUUAUAAUU